AGGUGGACAGCCAGAGUUAAAGACAGGAAAACAGCGCGUUAAAAAAGGCUGAGAGCAAAGCAAAAAAAGAGAGAGGUGAGUGGGUAGGACUGAAAGCAACAAAGUAUUAUGAUCCCCACUCGGCUCAUAUGUGCAUUAAUUGCUUGACAGUGUCUAACAGAAGAGUUCGGCACUCUAAGUUGCACAUUAGGGCGAGAGCGAGACCUCUCUGAAACAGUUCACUGGCAGCUCGGCGGCAACAGAUCUUGUGGAUACGCUCGCUGAAGGUCUCUGUUGUGACUCACUCUUCAUUUAGCAUGGAGUCCCUAUCGCUAGCUUUUCACGGGGGCCAAGAAAACCAUGUUUUACACGUGGAAAACGAACUGGUACGUAAAGGACCCCGUCGCAAGAGGGAGUUCAUACCUGAAGAAAAGAAGGAUGCGCUCUACUGGGAGAAACGUCGCAAGAACAACGAAGCUGCCAAGCGGUCACGGGAGAAGAGAAGGAUGAAUGACUAUGUGCUGGAGACUCAUCUCAUGGCUCUGAAAGAAGAAAACGCCAGGCUCAGUGCUGAGUUAAUGGCCAUCAAGCUUCACUUUGGCUUGGUUCACCCUGCAGCGUACACAGGCCAACAAAGUAACCAACUGCAAUGCCACUUCAGCAGCAGCAGCCAGCCUGUAAGCACCACCAGCACCCACCAACAAUCCCUGCAGAGAAACUACUACUGGGGUGGUAGAGACUCUUCUGUCCUGCCCAGUCACCAGCCUUCUAACCCCUUUCUGAUCCCUGCAUACGCCCUUCAUACGAUGAGAGGCUAUUCAUAUUUCAACAGACCAGCUACUAGCGGCUCUGGCAUCCUCACGCCCCUUGUCCUUCCUCGAAACCUCCUGCCAACCCAUUCCCCUCAUCCCGUAGGUCCUCUACUGAAGCCCAUGGCAACAAGAAGCCCCUCAGAUGAAGAGGAGGAGCAGCAGGUUCCAGGGCUGCUGUCCAUGUCUUGCCCACCUCCGCCUCAUAAAAUCAUCGCCAGAGGAGGCAGAGCCCAUUCUCCACAAAGACAAUACAUGUCUGACUGACUGUGAAACACAGAAGGAUGAAUCUAGCGUACAGCUUCAUCAACCAAGAAACAAAUGUGUUAUUUCUUUUUCAGUACUGUCAUACAUGCCUGCUGACGAUGUAACGUUAUUGCUGGGAACUAACGGCUCAAGAUGCACAGCCCUUUCAAAAUGAGAACUUUUCAAGUGUGUGCAGCAUGCAAACCUCCCCCCUCUCCACCUUUUGUUCAUACAGCUUUAAGUUGCUGACCAUUCCCAUUGCAGCCACACAAAGAACAUUAUAAAGUAGGGAGUACAAUUUUUUCCGUACAGUCCAUUCAUGCUGUUUAACUUCACAGAACACGAUGCUGUGGUGUUUGUGCUGUUCGCUGUUUGUACUUUCCUGAGAAAGUAUACAAAGAAUAAAAUGCACGCAGAACAGGGCGGGUAGCCACAUGUGGGUCAGUGACGAUAACAACACUCGCUCACCUUUGCCCACCACUCUCACUUUAGAAAUCUGUUAAUUUUAUGCAAAACUGUGACUGAGCUACAGAUGUGUGUCCGGUGUCACGAUGUCUCACUGGUGUUAAUGCGACUGACGAUGUUAAUGCAGAACUUACAGUUUAACUUCUCUGUCAUCAUAUCACACACUGCCUUUACAAACUGUAGGCCACAGUCUGCCUCCAAACGGAAAGAGUGAAGUAUGAAGCUGAUCUGUUUUGCCGUGUGAGCAGAUGUAGUCAUUUUCUUCCAUACUGUGGCCACAAUUUGUUUUUAUUGUUCCAUUAACCUUCAGAACCCUGACAUUGUUUUUAAUAUUUUUACACGUAAAAUUGAUUAAAACAGAUGAAUAACAGCAUUUUGAACAAAGUCUUUGCUUUAUUCUUUGACACAGUGCUCACAAAGAUGAAAAACACCCCUGGGCCUCUGUGUCCAUGCUUAAGGUUUUGGGGGCUUUGCUAAUAAAGUGUGACAGUCUAACCUCACAGAGAUAAAAACAGAACUAUUGCAUAGCUUUACAAAAACAGUGGCUGUGACCCCUUUCUUGGAUUUGGCUUGUGUUUCAGUGUGUUUUUGAGUCAGCAGCCAGCCGCCCAGGCUGCAGCAGGUUGCUGGCUCAUUGCCUGACAGUGCUGCUGGCCAGGCAGGCAGCCAGUCCCAGUGGCUCAGAGACAAACUCAAAGAAACAUUCGGUGUCAACAGAAAGACAGCAGCUGACUGCAGAUGAACUCUUUUCAUAAUAUCACACUACUUUACAAUAACUUAACCAGCUAUUUAACAUCAAUACGAAGCAACAUCAGAUAAGCAAAAGUAAAUUGGAACUUGGUCUAUGUUCAGAAACAAUUUGCAUUCAAUAAAGAGUGAGCAAAUA